AGACAAAGAAAACCUUGGCUUUGAGAAUCAAACCCUGGAAAGGUGCCAUUGCUCAUGAUGAUGGCAUCAUGCUACAUAGGAGACAAGCACCUUGUUUGUGAGCAGGAAACCCCUACCACGGUGGCCUAGGAUUCCAUUCACUCUUCUGGUCGGAGAACAACCUCCACUGUUUUAACUUGUUUCUCCUCCAUCAAUUCCAUCAUCUCCUCUGAUACAACCUAAUGCUCCAAAAAUAUCUUUGAAGGCCACUCUGCACGGCGGUGGCCAUCGCAGGACAGUCACGUGUACAUUCGCUUAUUCCAGAGCUCCCAGCUCUAAGUGCCGUUCCGCCAAGUGCCUCGUCCGCCGUCUAGUUUCGACGUGGCAUUUCCUCUUCAAGAUAACUUUGUAAAUGAACUUUUUUAACAAGGCCCAAUUACCGCAGACUCGACCUGCUAGUGGUGGUGGGGCUGGGAACCGAGGGAUGCCUUCGGGACACGCGCACAGGACUUCGGCUAGUAAUCUUGCCGUCAGCCCCGCUCCACCUGGAACCUACGCGCCUGGAACUGUCCUGUCCGUAAAUGCAACCAAAGUUGUGGUGGAACGAUUUCUAGCUCAAGGCGGCUUUGCGCAUGUCUAUGUCGUGCUGGUGGGUAACGAACAGUUCCAGGCCGUGCUGAAGCGAGGAGCUUGUCCCGAUCAAGAAUCUCUAAAAGAUUUGGAAAAAGAAAUACAUUUUAUGCGCCAAUUGAAUGGUCACAAGAAUAUCGUAAAGUAUGUCGAUUCGUCAAUACAAAAGGCACGGAACGGUGGAUUUGAAGUAUUUAUUCUGAUGGAGUACUGUCGAGGCGGCCACCUUGUAGACUUUCUCAAUACCCGCCUCUCCAACCGACUGACGGAGCCCGAAAUCCUGACCAUCUUCUCUGAUGUCUGCGAAGCUGUAGCUCACAUGCACUACAGCAACCCACCAAUCAUACACCGGGACAUCAAGGUCGAAAAUGUCUUGAUAGCCAACGACGGCUACAAGCUUUGCGAUUUCGGAUCUGCCACAACUCAGAUUGUUCUGCCCGGAACUUCCAUGUCUGCAGCGGAUAUUCGGCUAUUGGAAGAUGAAAUUGGGAAAUAUACCACAUUGCAGUACCGUGCUCCAGAGUUGUGCGAUUUGUAUCAAAAGCGCGGAUUGACAGAAAAGAUGGAUAUGUGGGCUCUCGGUGUCCUCCUGUACAAGCUUUGUUUCUUUACAACACCGUUUGAGGACAGCGGCACGCUAGCAAUUCUGAACGUUCGAUACACAAUGCCUAGUCAUCCGAGUUAUUCUCGAAAUCUUCUUAAUUUGAUAGAAUUGAUGCUCGUGGCCGACGUGAGCGCUAGAGCCGAUAUUUAUCAGAUUUACUCAACUGUAUGUCGGCUACGGGGUUUGCCCUGCACUUUAAGAAAUAAAUAUGCCGAUGGACCAUCUACGCACUCAACCUCUCGGACAAACACACCUCCCCAUACGCCGUUUGGCGAUCAAUCCGCCCACACUGAUGCACGCCGCUUGUCAUCCAAUAUUUCUUCUCCUACCACACUAAAUAACAUGAGCGCAAGCACACCUGACUUAAUGACUCUCUCAUCCAAUCCCAACCUCGCGACGCAGCAAGUAAUGCCCAUGCGCAGAGGCCGUCCUCCCAAGCACGGCAAAACGCUAUCAAAUAGCACGAAUGUUGCAGAUUUGACUGCAAGUGUGUCCCUUUUGAACGUUAGCUCACCUCACAACCCCUUUGCGGAAUCGCGGUCGGUUAGUUCGAAUCGGCUCACUGCUCCGCCAGAGUUCUUUAACAAUGCGGAUUUGUCUGCUCCUAAGCCUGGGAACGUGAAUCGGCUGACCGCUCCACCAGAGUUUUUUGAUCGGGUGGAAGGAUUUGGCGCGCAACCGGGAAAGAUGUUCUCGCCGGGGACGUUUCCGGCUGGGGAGGCAUUUCAGGGUAGUGCUUCUGAUCCUUUUUCGGUAGUAGACCGACAGCCGGUACAGCAACAACAAGACCAACGAGUAAACCACCAACAGCAACGACAACAGCAACCCCGUGUGAACUUCCAGCAACAGGAAGACCAACAACCCCAAUUCAAUCCCUUUGAUCCCUUCCGACCCGUUCCCCUUCGUCGGGACACCACCCGAUCUAUUCCAGACCUCAAAAUCAACACUACGACUCCUUCUAUUCCUUCCCCACUCCCGUCCAAUCUCUUCUCUCCUCAGCGCCCUUUUCAAAAAUCAACAUCUGAAAUCCGCCUAAAUGCCGUCGAUCUCUCCACACGCAUUCAUGGACACUCUCGAAACAAAAGCUGGGCACAGGGUCGGUCGCCGGGCGACGCAUCGGGUUCAGAGAGUGCCAGUCGAGAGUCGUUGAACUCGUCAGGCUCUAGCUUUGGGGUCAAUGUGGCGGGAUUGGUUCGGCAGUUUCAUCAGAUGGAGGGAGCGGGAGCAACACCACAUGUCAGGGCCGGUGUCGACGGCAGGGACAGGUCUGGUUAUGCCACUGGACCUCCUCGCCUGCGACGGGAUUUCAGCAACUCACUGGAUCUGGUACACCCUCACCGGCUCUUCUCCCGUUCGAUCUUUAACUGGCAUUGUCAACGUGUCGGCACCGAUGCCUGGUCAAACACAUAUUACUCACCCAUCCGUUCCCACAUCUCACUUACCCAUGCCGCUGCAGACAACGUACGCCCCCCCACCACCCAAACCACCCCGCGGAACUGUGCCAUCCCAGCAACCUAGCCCAAUGUCGCCUCUCCCAGGUACCACUUUCCCGCAAUCGGACCCAUUCACUCUUUUGGCUUCGAACUCUGUGUUGAAUACUCCUUCCUCAUCUGUUGGACCUGCAGAAUGGACCCCGCUGUCACCUUCCCUCGCUGGAAACUUUGCGAGUUCCCAACCAAGGCCGCAGAUGGACCCGAGAAUGACGUCGCAACAGCAGCAUCAGCAGAACCAGCAGAGAUUGAGUAGGGGGGAUGAAUUUUUGAGGGGCUUGAUGGAUGGCAAGUCGUGACGUUUUUUUUUUUUUUUCCUGUGUAUAUUUUUUGUUGGAUGAUUGGAUCUUGUUGACUAGAUAUAUUUUAAAACAAAGUUGCGCGACAGUGUUGAU